CGGGAUUGCGCUUGGCUCUUGGUCCAGUGGCCUGGCGGUUCCAACCAGCCGUUCCUGAUCCCAGUCUCGUACCCAGGGCGCGACCCCGGGGUCGGCCCUCCGCUCCCGCCAUGGGCCUAGAGCUCUACCUGGACCUGCUGUCCCAGCCCUGCCGCGCCGUCUACAUCUUCGCCAAGAAGAACGGCAUCCCCUUCGAGCUGCGCACGGUGGAGCUGCUCAAAGGCCAGCACCACAGUGAUGCUUUUGUCCAGGUGAACCCCCUGAAGAAGGUGCCAGCCUUAAAGGAUGGGGACUUCACCUUGGCUGAGAGUGUGGCCAUCCUGCUGUACCUGAGUCGCAAGUAUGAAGUCCCUGACCACUGGUACCCUCAGGACCCGAAGGCCUGUGCCCGUGUGGAUGAGUACCUAGCAUGGCAGCACACGGCCCUACGGAGUAGCUGCACUCGAGCCAUGUGGCAGAAGAUGAUGUUCCCAGUGUUCCUGGGCGAACAGGUGCCCCCUGAGACAUUGGCAUCUACGCUGACUGAGCUGGACAGGUGCCUGCAGGUGCUUGAGGACAAAUUCCUAAAGGACCAGGACUUCCUUACUGGACCCCACAUCUCAGUGGCUGACUUGGUGGCCAUCACAGAGCUGAUGCAUCCUGUCAGUGCUGGCUGCCAAGUCUUCAAAAGCCGACCCAAGCUGGCCGCAUGGCGCCAACGUGUGGAGGCCGCCGUGGGGAAGGACCUCUUUCAGGAGGCACAUGCGGUUGUCAUGAAGGCUAAGGACUUGCCUCCAGCAGACAGCGCCAUAAAGGAGAAGCUGAAGCCCUCAGUGCAGGUUUUGUUGCAGUGAGUGGAGCAUCAGGCCUGCAGAGAUGACAGAGACUCUGUUGUUGGAAGAAGAGAUGGAGUUGCCCCUCCUAAGCUGUAAGCAAGACAUGCUGUCCAGCCUCUGGUCCCUAGUUUCCUUCAUGCAUGAGAUCUUCAUUCCUCCUUUUGUCUGUCUCCUCCUCACUCCACUCCCGCCCCUUCCACUCUGGCUUCACGUGAUCCCUGGAAAGAGCUUUAGUAAACACAUAUUUGACCCUGUC